CACCCCAGAGCUGCCAUCACUGAACUAACCGGAUGUGUGAACUACUGGAGGAGCAGCGAGCACGCCUCUGACACGAGGUACAAACUGGCAAGUGACUGGCAGGCGCCGCAUGUUUAACCGGACCGUGGCACUUAUGUAGCCCUUAUAAAUUGCUUGAAGAACGCGGUCUAUACCGCAAUACCCAUCCUUCGACGACUGUCAACGCUUGGUUUCUCUCUCUUUCUCUCUCAUUCAAGCAGCUUCAGCCAGAACUAUGAUGGAUAUCGAAAUGACGUCACCCGUUGGGCCCGUCAUUGCUACGGGCUACGAAGAGACUCGCCGGCUCGAGUUCCCUGGAUAUGCAUCUGAGGUAGAUUUGUGUAACCUCCUGCAAUCGAUGUCCUUGUCCAAACGGAAGACCAAGGAUCUCGAGGAGCCAAUAACGGCAACGGAACCCUCUGUCCUGUGUGCCUUGCAAGGUGUAAACGCGCUCGAUGCAAACACGGAGGACUUGGCUUAUCUCUCCGACGCGUCGGAAUCGUCAAGCUCAAAGUGCAGCUCAUGCAACGACCCACACCCUACAACCGAUCACUCACGAACAACAGCAAUCACCACCACCACUACCACCACCGUGAUCCCAGCUUCCCCACUCCCAGCAUGCCACUUCCUCCAAUCCAUUCUCGCUUUCCUCGCCCCCGAGUCCCCCGUGCUCUCUCCGUGCCCUUACCCAUACCCCGUUGCAUCGACGGCUUUCCAGACGACGGACGGCGCGUAUCUGGACACGAUUCUCAUCCAUCGGAGCCUCCACAGUGCGUUCCCUCCGGGCCACAAAGGGUGCGCCGUGGCUCUACAGGAGAUCGCGCGGGCCCUUGAACUGCGUACCUGGCAGGCUGGUCGGGACUCGGACGCUGAGGCUGCUGUGGCGUUGCGUCAUGAAGCGUUCAUGACAGCAUCAUCUUAUCCUGGCUGAUAUGAUACUUUCUUUUUUUUUUUUUCAAGUUUCACGGGGACUUCUUUUCAGAUGACCGAACAUUAAUGUCCGGGACACUAGUGUAUCGUUGAUCUGCACUCCUUACACGCUUGUAGAUGACAAGUGCUGCUGGGCAGCGCUGGUAACAUUUUUGGACCGGUACCAUCACACUACCGACGAUGUCACUUACAGCAGAGUAGAUGUCGCAAUGCGAUUUAAUGGAUCAGACUACUAAGACA